AUGUCCAUGGUUCCGUGUGAGGUUCCGAACGGAGAAAUAGCAGACCCCUUGGUGAUCAAGAACUUCUGGAAAGCCUAUAACGUCUCGCGCCAGACGAGCAACAAUGAACGAGAGCUCCGGCUGGAAUGUCUCUUCUGGAGAAUAUGGGGCAGCCAUAGUCUCUCCAGCACAAUCACUACCCAGACAUUGGAUAGACUGGUCCUGCGAAUCAUGACACCCUCUUCUUCGCGUAAACUAGCCGCAACACGUCAUGAAAGCCAGGCUGUGCAUGUUGAUAAUGAUCCGCCGAUCACUACUCUCCCACAUCCCCAGCACACCAGUGCGCACACUCAAUCACCGCCGGCCACCGGCACAAACAAGGCUGAGCUCCAUUCAAUCCUGAAGAAACCGCGCACUGUACAGAGUGAGCACCAGAAGUCUGCGCGUCUCCUCCUUGAGCAGCCCGAUGGAAACAGCAUCACCUGUAACCCGUCUAACCCUCCCACCCCCAACAUAUCUGAGCUGAAUACCCAAGAGAACCGGCCGGCUCAAACGGGCCAAAAGAAGAAAUCCUUCGCCGCUGGUCGAUCGAAGCGAGGCCCACGGCGGCGACCAGCUUUCAACCGCCGGUCAUCCUCACAGUCAUCCAUCUCCAAGGUUUCCUCUCCAACCGAAUCACGCUCCAACUCUUACGAGGUAUUUGGCUCUUUCGAACCGCUGUACGAUUACGAUGACUCCGUGGUGUCCUCUCGUGUCACUACAGGCUCAGAUAGGGCCACUGCAACAAGCUGGAUCGAUCUCAAGUCCGUUGAAGCAUCACUGCCGCUGCCGCACUCUGGCACUGGCACCACCGGCACCAUGACACCCCCUAGCACUGACCUGGCGAUCUCAGACAAAGCUCACCCAGCCAGGCGGCCAGAAAUCACCCCGGCCGUACUCGCCAUAUCAGACAAACAGGAUCUCAUCCUGCCGCAGGGAAUAGAGACGGUUAGUGAAGACCCCAAGCGAGCGCCCACCCAGGCCACAAAGAAGAAAUCUGAACCCGAAGUCCCCAGUUCCUUUGAAGAGUUAUUUUCUUUCCCAGAGAUUCCAGAUUGUCGAGAUACCGUAUUGCCCCCGGGCAUUACCGACCAACAACCUGCCACAGGCACCACCUCCUCGUCGCCCAGCCUUACCCAACUCGAACUCGCAGAAGCAGAUCACUCCACCGAGAUGCUCAUCGAGCUCCUCAAAAUAAUCAACGAUCCCGACCCUCUCCCAGCAGGGGAGGAGGCACCCCCCGUCCCAAUUCGGCCAUGGUUCACGGCCCAGCGGCAGUGGCUCCCUGCGCCGCGAGAGCAGAAAUUCUUUGAGUGGAUGGUGCAGGACCAUACCUCUCUUAUUCACCCACAGCCUAAGACGGAUCGGCUCUUGCCAAGGGACUACCGGACUCAGUGGGUGGCUGCUUUGAGUUCGUGGAAAUACCAUCUGGCAAGGUCCAGGAAGCCUGGUUUGUACAGUCACACGAAAGGGCUUGCUAUCCUGGGGACCAUCUAUGAGGAAGAUGAGGAGGAUGAGGAGCGGUAUGUGAAGGAUUUCUGUACGCCUAAGAAGGAAGGGGGGUGGUGUGAUUUUGGGUCGGCGGAUGACACUCUUGUUUCUGAAGAGGCAUAA